AUGGAACUCCACCAAGUCUUUGACUUGGCAAAAUGUCGUUACUUGGCAGUAACCCUUACUGCCCAUGCCAAGCGCUGGUUCAGGUCACUUCCAGCAGGAUCGGUCGGCUCAUGGCCUCAAAUCAGCUCGACAUUUCUGAGGCACUUCCAAGCGAACAGGAAGUUCUCAAUGCCGCUAAGCUACUUGAGCAAUAUACUGCAGGAUAGGGCUGAACCCCUCCAAUCUUAUAUAGACAAGUUUCACAGGGAGCUCCACAAAGUGGCCCAUACUCCCGAAGAGUUUGUUCAGACUCUCAUCAUUGUGGGAGUUCACCCGCAGACAGACUUGUGGAAGGAAUUGCAAUCUGAGGAUGAUGUUUCCCUCACUCGCUUCUAUAACCUUACUAAAAAGUACCUUCGGAUUGAAAGUUCCAUGGCAGCUCUUAGUCGCCACAACCCUAGUCUUUCGGGCAGUGCUCCCAACUCGAGGGAGAAUAAAAGGGCUAAUCGCAGAUGGGCUAACAAUGAUCAGUGA